AUGAAAAUGCGUGGUUCCACGGAUCUGGCAACCCUCGUACCGGUCAGACUAUACUGCGCAGACUCGAAACCAAUGGCGGACGAAGUUGAGCAGCAACCGACUACCAACACGGUUGAGGAGCCCCUCGAUCUGAUCAGACUCAGUCUGGAUGAAAGGAUCUACGUCAAGAUGAGGAACGACAGGGAGCUCCGUGGCCGUCUGCAUGCCUACGAUCAGCACUUGAACAUGAUCCUGGGUGAUGUGGAGGAGACUGUGACGACGGUGGAGAUAGACGAGGAGACGUAUGAAGAACUCUACAAGUCAACCAAGAGGAACAUCCCCAUGCUGUUUGUCAGAGGAGAUGGCGUUGUCCUCGUAGCUCCGCCUCUCCGGGUGGGCUAACCCUGACCACUUCCUGGUGUGAAGGAGCGUUUGUGACAGCUGAGGGUGAGGGUGGUGCUGUCAUGACAGGCUGAAACAGAGGGAGGAGGGGUUCACACAUCUUCAGCCCCCUCAGGCCAGCACUGCCCUCUGAUGACACGAAGGUCACAUACCACACAAAACUUCUUUUGUGGGGCUACAAAGACACAAAACAUGUUUUCACUUGAGGACUUGUUCUCUAAGUUUUGGACAAAGAGGGCCGAUUACAUAUUUUUUCUAUUGUAAUACUUAUAUUAAUUGGGCAAAUUGUUAUAAAUUUAUUUAGGGAUUUUGACUUAUUCCAGGCCACCAUUUGCUUUCCAUCUCUCAGGAUAUCUUUGAAUUUGCAAAGUGCAGCAGUUAAUAAAUUUCCACUGAUUGAUUGAACGUUAUUUUAUCACCUCAAGAAGGUUUAGUUACCUCUCAUUUCCAGUCCCUGCAUCUGUGGCAUGACGGCUACAGGUGUGUGCGUUUAAACUUGUUCUGGUCUCGUUUGUCGGGUUCAAAAAGUAUUACCAGACUGCAAACUUGGGUGUUGGGGUUUAUGUGACUAUUGAUUAUGAUCUGUCUCAAGUCAGACUUUUAUGUUGCUUCUCAGUGAAAGUCUUGCACUCCAACCCGAGAUCUGUGAAUAUUUUGGAAGUGUUUGGAUUUCUCUGGGACAAUUUUAGUUUUAUUUCUUUUUUUUUUAAAUACAUUUUUGUAGUGUUUGUAGGACUUGGAAGUAGAUCGUGCUCAGAUUUGUCAGAUGUGUAAACAUUUGUUCUUUUGUUUUUUGGAUAUACCGUGAAUAAAACAGGUAAUUUGA